AUGAAGCAGAUGCACAUACCAAACUACCUUUGGGGAGAAGCAGUGAGGCACUCGACUUACCUCUUAAACCGCAUUGCCACAAGAACGCUCGUGGAUAUGACACCGAACAGAACCAGGAUCCAAAGCAUAUCGUUGCUAUAUCCACAGACGAGGAAGAUAACAGUCAGUCGUCGUGAUGUCGUGUUUGACGAGACGAAAGGAUGGAACUGGAGCCACACCAAACACCAAGAAAGUGGCAACGACUUUACCUUGGUACUAGGAAGCUUUGGUGAAAGCAAAGAUCGAGAAACAGGGGAGAGCAGUAAAGAAAAGGAGAUUGUAGAGGUCUCUGACGACAGUGAUGAAGAGAGGAGUGCCAAAACUGAUUUGUCGUCUGAUAAAGAGACAGAACAUGAGGAAACAAACCAAAGCUCUUCUCCGAGUGGCUUAAGGAGAUCAGAUAGAGAACGUGUGAAGCCAAAAUAUCUUGAAGACUACGCUUUUGCUCGCAAUAGAAGAAGGAGAAAGACUGUUGUUGCUCUUGAAUGA